CUGUGAAUAUACCCCAUAAAAUUAAAAAACAGAAAACGAAAAAACCACAUUUUAUUUGUUUUGCGGUUGUUUGUAUGAUUUGUGUGUAUUUUCUGAUAAUUUGGAAGCUUUUGUUAAACUGCACCAUACAAAAAAUACUGUUACUGCAAUAACACACAUAAUAUACAUAAGAUGAGUGCUAUUCAAAAAUCCAAACACAAGUAUUAUAAUAAAAAUAAAAAGUUCACCAAACCGGGCCUAGACGUAAAUUUAAAAGGAUUCCUAUGCAGCUGUAACAACAGAGAAAAAGAAUGUGUGAGAGAGGCAUACAAUUUGCUAAAUAAAUAUGCAGACAUGGUUUUUCCACCUGAACCACCAAAAGAACAAGCUGAAGAAAACCUAGAAAUGAGUAUAGAAGAUGAAUUAAAAAAGGAACUAUCUCAAAUAAAGUCAGUGAAAAGAUUUCAGCAAAUAGAAUCAGGUGCUAAAAAUUUUCUCUUUAUAAAAACUAUAUUAGAUGACCCUGUAAAGUUAGCACAAACAAUAGUUUCUGAGUUGAAAUCUGAUGGGUCCCAGCAGAGUCGUUUUUUAAUUAGGCUAGUGCCUAUUGAAGUCACAUGCAAGGCUUAUGUCAAAGACAUCACUGUUGCUUUUAUGCCUCUAGCAGAAAAAUAUUUUAAGGACAAUCCAACCACCUUUUCUGUUGUUUACAAUCAUAGAAACAACAACAGUGUUAAUAGGGAUGAAGUAAUACAAGCUGUGGCAGAACAAGUCUUUCAAGUCAACUCAAACAACAAAGUAGACUUGAAAAUUCCAAAUAUAUCCAUAGUGAUCGAAGUUAUUAAAGGAAUUGCUUUAAUUGGUGUGGUACCAGAUUUCAUUAAAUAUAAAAAAUACAAUUUAUUGUUGAUUACUGAAAAGGAUAGUGAUAAAGGUGAAGGAGUUGAUUUGCCAAGUGGAAGUGAAACUCAAGACACAAAAUAAUUUUUUAUUAAUAUA